AUGAAACUACAAAUGCAACUGGGUUCACUUCUUCAAAAGAUUGGAUACGAGGAGGAAUCUAAUGACGACAUGUUUAUUAAAUGUUUAAGACAAGAAGCUCUAAAAUGGGCUUGUAUUCUCGGUGACAGCAAAUGCAAAAAACAUGCUGAAUAUAAGUUGCAAUGGCAUUUGUCAAAUACAACAGAAAAUAAACUAUUACCAUGGUGGAGGGAAUGGACGUUCUGUAAUGGGUUAUCUGUAUCUAGAUCUAUUUCUUUUGACAAACUAUUUAAAGAUUGGGAUGAAAUGUUGAAAAUUAAAAAGACUACAAAAUAAUUAACGAGGAAAUGCAUGA